AUGUCGGCCAGUCUGUACGUGACGCCGUACCCUGAGAAUGACACCAUUCCCACGGGGGGUGAUUCGCUCACCCAAGACUUGAACGUCUACUAUGAGAGUGGUGACUUUGCGUGGAUUCUGACUUCGUCGGCCCUCGUGCUGCUCAUGAUCCCCGGCGUCGGCUUCUUCUACUCUGGACUUGCCCGCCGCAAGUCUGCCCUCUCCUUGAUAUGGCUGUCGAUGAUGUCGGUCGCGUUAGUCAUGUUCCAAUGGUUCUUCUGGGGCUACAGUCUGGCAUUCUCCCACACAAGCACCAACCCCUUCAUUGGUGAUCUCUCCAACUUUGGCCUCAAGGAUACGCUUGCUGCCCCCUCCGUCGGAAGCACCAAGAUCCCCGAUCUUCUCUUUUGUCUAUUCCAGGGAAUGUUCGCUGCUAUUACCCCGGCUCUUGCCAUUGGUGCCGCAGUUGACCGUGCUCGCAUGCUGCCCUGCAUCGUCUUUAUGCUGAUCUGGUCGACAAUCGUCUACGACCCCAUUGCCUACUGGACUUGGAACUCGACGGGCUGGUCGUUCAUCAUGGGCGGACUUGACUUUGCCGGUGGUACCCCGGUCCACAUUUCGUCUGGUGCUGCCGCCCUGGCCUACUCCCUGAUGCUCGGGAAGCGAACGGGGUACUCCAAGGCUGCCGGUCUCCCAUACCGACCCCACAACGUCACUCACGUCAUCCUCGGCACAGUUUUCCUCUGGGUCGGCUGGUUCGGUUUCAACGGCGGCUCUGCUCUCGCUGCCAACCUGCGUGCCGUUAUGGCCUGCAUUGUUACCCACAUCGCCGCAUCUGUUGGUGGCAUCACUUGGUGUCUUCUUGACUACCGUCUGGAGAAGAAAUGGUCUGCUGUCGGUUUCUGCUCUGGAGCGAUUGCCGGCCUCGUUGCCAUUACCCCUGGUUCCGGUUACGUUGCCCCCUGGGCCGCUGUUGUUUUUGGAGUUGUCGGUGGUAUCGGCUGCAACUUUGCUACCAAGCUCAAGUUCCUGACUGGUAUUGAUGAUGCGCUUGAUAUUUUUGCCGUCCACGGUAUUGGUGGCAUGAUCGGAAACACCCUGACUGCCUUCUUCGCUGCUGACUAUAUUGCUCACCUUGACGGAUUCACUGAGAUCCCCGGUGGAUGGGUCAACCACAACUGGGUUCAGCUUGGAUACCAGAUCGCCGAUAGCGUUGCCGGCUUUAGCUACUCCUUCGUCAUGACCUGCAUCAUUUUGUUCAUCAUGAACUUCAUCCCUGGCCUCAGCCUCCGUGUCUCUCCCGAGGAGGAGGAUAUUGGUCUGGAUGAUGGACAGAUUGGCGAAUUUGCCUAUGACUACGUUGAGCUCCAGCGCCACACCAGCGAUAUUGCACCUGUGGAGAGUCUCUCUGGCGACAACCAGAACUCUCUGAAGGGAGGUGAGAAGAGCCCCGGCGAGGUGGUCUAA